AUGGAUUCUGUCACUCGCCUCGGCGAAUCAUUUGCCCGAACUGCUUUAGAUUCAGCUGGUGUUGAAAGAGGCGGUGUAAAUUCCGGCAAUGAUUCGAAUAUAACCACAAGGCAACACUGUCUGACGCCGUCUGGUGAAAUUCAACUCGAUAAAGAGCCACGGGUUUUUGCUGCUUUUCGCCAACCCUAUCAUUCAAUGAAUACCAGUCUGGAGUCACCUGACUAUGAAGAACGUCCGACCAACGACCGACCCGAGCAGGCUCGACGGAGUCACUUAUCAGAGCAACUCAGUACAAGGCCGAUCACCGACUUUAUUAAUGGCGAUCGGUCUGAACUGCGAAUUGCCGGGCAUGGAAAUGAAGCGAAUCAAGUUUUCACUAAGCCAUCAACUAAGGUCUGUGAGGAAAGUCGAUAUGUCUGCAACGGUAUAGGGAGCGGGCGGCCUCACGCUUUGAGAGAUGGGCAUUUGGCUCAUAAUGGACUCAGUGCUCAUGAUAAUGGGGCAAUUAGGAGCCAGUUUGUCAAGUCUCUGGAACCUCCUGAAUCAGAUAGAGCAAAGAAGGUGAGCAUCUCAUUUUGCAAGCCACUUUUAUAUAUAGGCCUUAGUGCCUAUCUUACCUAG